AUGGCCUCCAUCCAAUUACCUCUUGUCCUCACAAAGCUCGCUUAUCUCAUCGAUAACCCUUGGAAUGUGUCACUUGCACGUGCCAAUGCGGCUGGUUUAGUUUUGGCGGACUCUCUGCAAGAUCGCAAUCUUGGAAAUCGCCCUGUCACCUUACUCGGGUUCUCUUUGGGGGCGCGUGUCAUCUUCUCCUGUUUGAAGGAGCUCGCCUCCAAAGGCGCACACGGCCUGAUUCAAAAUGUAUAUCUCUUUGGGUCUCCAGUUGUUGCCAGCAAGGAUGAAUAUCUUAAGGCUCGCAGCGUGAUCUCUGGUCGCUUCGUGAACGGAUACUCCAAGAACGAUUGGAUUCUGGGUUAUCUGUUCCGUGCCACGAGCGGUGGCAUUAUGCGCGUUUCUGGACUCGCCCCCAUUGAGGGGAUUCCGGGCUUGGAGAACGUUGACCUCACGGACACGGUCAAUGGGCACAUGGAUUACCGCGCGGCCAUGCCUCGAAUUCUACGCAGGGUUGGGUGGGAAGUCCUGGACGAUGAAUUUGCGGAAAUUGAGGACCCGGACCCGGACAAUCAUGCUGAGAGACAACGGGAAUUGAUUCGUGAGAUUGACGAGGCCCGCCGAACUGCCGAGCAAAAGCCCGAGAAGAAACGUUUUGGUCUGUUCAAGCGCGGGAAAAUGGCCGAGAAAAAGACUUGGGAAACAUAUGAUGUCAAUCGGAGCGCCGCAGGGCAGCAGCACUCGGCUGACCCUGUCAGUGCUCCUGGAUCUGUACUGUUCGAUAUCGAAGCUAUCCGUGCCGAACUGGCCUCCGAGGCGAUCGAGGUCAAGCAGCUUGAGUCGACGCUUCCUCCGAUGAAACUAGAUUUGAAUCGCUCAUUGGAUGCUUCUCCCAGUCAAAGCGUGACAUCGCUGGGAAAGGACCCCUCACCCAAGGGCUCUAUGCCUCCACCACUCCCUCGCACAGUCUCGGAGCCGAUUCCAACAGGCAGCCGCUCCGCUCGCACUACAUCUUAUGACGACCACUCCAAUGAUCACGACUCCACUCAAAUGACCUUUGACACCUCUUUUCACGACUCUUCGAAGCGUUCAGCAGAUCCUCCGUCCCGCCCGAGCUUGCGUACUUCUGCCACCGUGGCCGCGGGAAUUGGCGCCACUGCUGUAGGGGCCAUAGCGAUGGAACCGAAUGCUUGGGCUGAUCAUGAUCAUGACUCUUACCAUGAAGAGAGCGAAAUUUCCAUGACCUUUGAGUAA